UUUAAGUUCAGGAUUCGAAGUUGUUAAUACGAAUACUCGAUACAGAGGAAAUUAAGAAAAAAGUUUUAAACGAUGGUGGGUUCAUCAGGGGACCCAAAACCUGAAUCAACUUGUACCAAGCCUCCUGGAAUUCGUUUCUUAGAGUACAUAAGGAACUCUGCUAUACCAUUCAGAACUUACCAGGCAAUUGUCUUAAUUGUGACAUUUUUUUCAUAUGCUACCUAUCAUGCUACUCGGAAGACCACAAGCAUCGUCAAGAGCACCCUUGACCCUGAAUCAUCCCAAGUGAGCUUGAGCUUCCAAAGAUCUGUCUUAAAAGAUGGUUGGGCUCCUUUUGAUGGAUCAGAUGGGUCAGCGAUGUUAGGGGAACUAGAUGUGGCUUUUCUCGCAUUUUAUUCGUUCGGAAUGUAUUUUGCUGGACAUUUGGGGGAUCGGCUGAAUUUAAGGAUCCUUUUGACUGUGGGAAUGAUUGGGACUGGUUUAUUUACUUCUCUAUUUGGGUUUGGGUAUUGGUUUAAUAUCCAUAGUUUCUACUACUACUUGAUAAUUCAGAUGAUUGCAGGUCUUUUCCAGUCAACUGGAUGGCCUUCAGUGGUUGCAGUAGUUGGGAAUUGGUUUGGGAAGAAGAAGCGUGGGUUGAUUAUGGGUAUUUGGAAUGCUCAUACUUCUGUUGGAAACAUAGCAGGAUCUCUGAUUGCUUCAGCUUUAUUGAAGUAUGGUUGGGGUUGGUCUUUUGUUGUUCCUGGUCUCCUUAUUUCUUUUGUUGGUUUGGUAGUGUUUCUAUUGUUACCAGUUACUCCAGCUUCUGUUGGAGCUGGAAAAGAAGAUGAUGAAGUGCAAUCUCCUAAGAAAAUUGAUGAAGGAGUAAUAGAACCUUUGUUAGGAUCAGAGUCAGAUGUGGUUAAGGAUAAACCUGUUGGGUUCAUAGAAGCAUGGAAAAUUCCUGGGGUUGCUCCUUUUGCUCUUUGCCUCUUCUUCUCCAAAUUGGUAGCUUAUACAUUUCUCUAUUGGCUUCCAUUCUACAUUAGCCACACAGCAAUCGAUGGUAAGUAUAUGUCCGAUGAAACAGCAGGGGACCUAUCUACAAUGUUUGAUGUUGGAGGGGUGCUUGGUGGGAUUCUUGCCGGCCACAUUUCUGACCACCUUGAUGCCAGAGCCAUUACAGCAGCAAGCUUCAUGUAUUGUGCAAUCCCGGCGCUUUUCUUUUACCGGAGCUAUGGACAUGUAUCCUUGUAUGUGAACAUCAUCCUCAUGUUCAUUACAGGCAUGUUUGUCAAUGGACCCUAUGCCCUUAUAACAACAGCAGUGUCUGCUGAUUUGGGUACUCACAGUUCAUUGAACGGUAACUCACGAGCAUUGGCAACAGUCACGGCGAUCAUAGAUGGAACAGGCUCAGUAGGAGCUGCCAUUGGACCACUUCUUACUGGAUACAUUGCUGCAAAGAGUUGGAAUGCAGUAUUCACAAUGUUGAUGUUGGCUGCUCUGGUAGCAGGACUUCUUCUCACAAAACUAGUGGUGACUGAGGUGAAUGCAAAGAUUCAGUAUUCAAGGUCUCAAUGUAGUAGUAUCCUGUCAAGGUCUGAAACUACUACCAUGCCUGAAGUGUAGUUUCUUAAUUUGUGAAGGAUGAAGAGGAUGAUGUGUGUUGUUUAUGCUGUGAUCAUACAGAAUGCAUAGAUAUCUGGUUGAUUGUCCCCGAUGGCGAGCUAGAUGAAAGGGUGGAAUGAAUUGUUUCAUAAUCUCUCCUUGUGUUUGAAGAUAAGAGAGUGAGUGUCCUUUUCCAUGAUCAAGAUUGCCAUCAUCGAAGAAGGGUCAUCU